CUCCCCACUGACCCACUGGACCACUGCAAACUUUCUCAUCGCCUUGGUAAUUGCAAAGAUUGUGGUUUUCAGUCCAUUUAGAUUACAGCAAUACGCUGUUUCAUUAGAUUCCACAUGAAAAUGUCACAUUUGUUGUCUUGUGAGUCUGACUGCAACACGUGAUUUUUGCUUUGUAAUUAACAGUUAAUAUAGACACAACACGUUAAUCUGAUUAAUUAGUUAUGAAAAAUAACGCGAUUAAAAUAUUUUAACGGUUCACUAAGAUACGUUACUUGACAUAGCUCUAGAGAUACUACACAAAAAACUAGCCUAGUUAAUGGUAUAAUCCAAACACAACACAUUUGAACAACCCUAUCACAGUUUGCUAUAAAUGCACAAACCUUAAUCAACUCCGCUGCCCGAGUAAGUUAAUCUUUACAACAAAUGAAUUUUUAUAUUACCUUAGGCUUCCACUGACGUGCUGAAGAAAUGCGCGCAGCACUGAUGAAAAAAAUCGUCCCGUUUUACCGCUCUCUGUGCUUGUCCAUGUAAUCUGGCUUUUCAUUGGAUCCCGCGAUGCAUUUCAAACAUCAACCAAUCGGCGCAUUUAAUAGUUUAUUUUACCGAACAUCAUUCGCUUGCAUACAUAAGUGUUCACUGUUUUUUUCAAGUAACACACUAGUACGCAGCGCAGCAGCUAGAAUGCCGAAACGAAAAUUGUAUUGCUUUCACAGUUGCAAAGGAGAAGAAAGAAAGAUUCCUCAUCGUACUCGGACCAGGUGGAAAAAAAGGAAAAUUGAAAAAUAUCUACAUGACUUAGAAGGGGAAACUUUCCAGAGUGCCAAUAAUAAUGAUGAUGUUUUGCACUCACCGAUAAGCACUGAAGAAUCCACCCCCACAGAUACAGGCCUCCAGAAUGUGACACACCUCCCCAAAAGAAAAGAACCAUCACAAACAUCCGACAUUAAUGUCAGUCUACCAGUGGGGCCAGACCUGGCUACAUCCAAACAAAUACAGGAUGACAGCCCUAUUCCACAUUCACCAGAAACUGUUGAAGAGGGGAUCUCAUCAGAAGUUGAGAAUUCCAACCAAUCAAACCAUGCCUCUUCUGGACCCUUAAAUGACCCUGUCACAGAAACCAGUUGGCUGAACAUCCUUGCUUUUUCCCUGAAGCACAAUGUAACCGGGGCUUUAAUGGAGGACCUGCUGAAGCUGUUAAGGUUGUGUAGUUGUGAUGCUGCAAGUAUACCACGUAGCAAGUACAUGCUAGAGAAGGCAUUUGAACAUUUUGUAGACAAGUCAGAAUACCAUCAUUAUUGUGGUUUUUGCAGCUCUUAUAUUGGCAAAUCAAUGUCUAAAGACAGUGAAUUAAAAUGUCAGAUUUGCUCAUCAACCCAAACCGUUAGACAAAGUUUAGAGUUGGGUAAUUUUUUCAUUUAUAUACCUUUGAAGGAUCAGCUUAAGGCUCUUUUGGAAAAUGAACCUAUCACAAAUGAUUACACUGAGCAAACCAGAGAUGGAAUAACAGAUAUAUCUGAUGGGAAGUUGUACAAAUAUCUGAAAUCAGUUAGCAAUUCUUUCUUUUCCCUGUCAUUCAAUUGUGACGGAGUACCUGUGUUCCAGUCAUCUAAAUUUAGCAUCUGGCCCUUACUAUGCUCUGUUAAUGAAGUACCCCCAGAAGGAAGAGACAAAAAUGUCAUACUAUGUGCCUUAUGGUUUGGGUCAUCUAAACCACUAAUGGCUAGCUUCCUCAAACCUUUUGUGGAGGAAUGCAAAAGUCUUGGACAAACAGGUCUUCAGUGGCAGGAUCCGGUAGAACACACAGUCAAAACAGCAAAGGUCUAUGCAUUAUGUUCCAUAUGUGAUGCUGUUGCACGACCUUUACUGCAAAAUUUUAAACAGUUUAAUGGUGAGUAUGGAUGUGGGUACUGUCUUCAUCCAGGUGUUCAAGUGAGAAAAGGCAACGGGACUGUGCGAGUGUAUCCUUGUUUGGAGGAGAUGCCAGACCUUAGAGAUCAUGACACAACUGUGAAAAUAGGUGAGAUUGCCAAAAGUAAUAAACAGACUGUUUUGGGCAUUAAAGGGCAAUCUCCGAUUGUGGACUUGCCCAAUUUUGACCUGAUCAAUGGCAUGGUCCCUGAUUACAUGCAUUGUGUGUUGCUGGGGGUUUGCCGGCAAAUAGCCACUUUAUGGUUUGAUUCCAAAAGCUACAGUAAACCAUGGUAUAUUGGUUUAAACACUGCAAGAGUGGAUGGAAAUCUAUUAGCAAUUAAGCCUCCAAGCAGUUUUUCCCGGAUUCCACGGUCUAUUGCUGAGCGUAGGUUUUGGAAAGCUCAUGAAUGGCAAAACUGGCUUUUAUACUACAGUUUGCCAGUUCUGAAAGGAAUACUUCCAAGCAAGUACCUUUGCCACUGGGCUUUACUUGUGGAGGGUGUGAGCAUUUUGCUAGGUUCAGACAUUAGUCAACAGGAUAUUGACCAUGCUCAUGAUGCUCUUGAGAUCUAUGUUCAAUCAGUUCAGUCUUUGUAUGGUGAAGAUCAGAUGACCUACAAUAUGCAUGCACUCCUGCAUUUGGCUAAGAGCGUUGAGAAUUUGGGUCCUCUCUGGGCCCAGUCUGCUUUCAUGUUUGAGAGCUAUAAUGGCUACUUGCUCAAGCAAGUCAAAAGCAGUAAUGCAGUGCCUCAGCAACUCUGCAAAAGAGUUGCAUGGUCUCGGGCAUUACCACGCAUCGCUAAGGCCUGCUUAUCUAAUGAUGUCUCACCUGAAAUGAAAUCAUUCUACACAGAAAUGACCUCCAGUGAACAUCAUGUAAGGAACUAUGCUAGAUUUGAUAGGGUGACUGCACUUGGAGUGCCAAAGAUUGGACCAGUGUCUGAAAAUGAUAUGAAUGCAUUGCAUGCAUUGCUAGAUGUACCUAGCACAGCUAUUGGCAAGUACUAUAACAGAGUAGUUGUGAAUGGAGAGGUCAUUCACAGCCAAACAUACACAAAAACAAAGAAAAGAAACAACUCUGUUGUGAUAUUGAAAGAUGGCAGUGUUUUCAAGAUUUCAUACUUUCUCAGUGUCAGUGAUGACCAACAUCACCUUUAUGCAGUUGGCAAAUUUGGAAAUUGUGCAGUGCAGAAGCUGGUUAGAGGAUAUACUGUCAAAAUAUCACUGAACUUUAUGAGGACUGUUCAUUUUCCUACAGGAUUUGAAAGAGCAGUUGACAGCAAUGACAUUAUGAGACCAUGUGUUUUCAUUAAUUGUGAUCAGUCCGGGCCUGUUGUUUGUGAACAAAUCAGAACAUAUUACUGCAAAUAAACAAAGGUGAGUUAAAGGGACAUUCCAUGUUUUAAAAAAAUAUUCUCAUUUUCCAGCUCACCUCAAGUUAAACAUUUGAUUUUUACAGUUUUGGAAUCCAUUCAGCUGAUCUCCAGGUCUGGAGCUACCACUUUUAGCAUAGCUUAGCACAAUCCAUUGAAUCUGAUUAGACCAUUAGCAUCACAAUAAAAAAUAACCAAAGAGUUUCAAUAUUUUUCCUAUU